AUGGACACAAUCUAUGAAAAUGCAGAUUUCAUAGAUUUAUCAAUCAACAAGGCCUCUUACUGUGAGGGAGUCCAUCAGAAUAGAGAUUUGACUCAAUCUAAGUGUACUAAAGUUCUUUUGUUGGUUCUCUGCAUCUCUGUUGUUCUUGCUGUUGGUGGUCUCUGUGUUUUGGGGGUCCUGUAUAAUAAUCAGCUUGGAGAUUUUGAAUCACUGCGCGUACAGCACCAAAAGGCUUUAAUGCAACUGUCGACUCAAGAAAUUAAUGCCACAAGCAUGGAGAGAAAUCUAAAAGCGUUAACAGCCAACCUCACCACAGUUAGACAUCAACUCUCCUUCUAUAAAGAGUUCAAUGCAUCCUCGUGUAAGCUUUGUGAAGAGGGUUGGACAUCAUACGGUGGAAAGUGUUAUUUCUUCUCUUCUGAAAAGAUGACUUGGUUUGAGGCUCGUGAUUUAUGUGCUGGAUCAAAAGCUCAUCUGGUCACCAUCAACAGCAAAGCUGAACAAGAUCUCCUGGUGUCUAAAAUUAAUGAAACUCACUGGAUCGGUCUUAAUGAUCAGGAGACUGAAGGUCGAUGGGUUUGGGUGAAUAACCAAACUCUUGAAGAGGCCGGAGUAAAGUUCUGGUUAAUAAAGGCAGUUAAUAGCGAGCCAAAUAACUGGACUGGAGAUAAUCCAUCUGGAGAGGACUGUGCCUGUCUGGGAUUUGAGCGUGCACAUUUAAACUCUUGGUUUGAUGCAUCUUGCGAAUACAAGAAAAAGUUCAUCUGUGAAAAAGAAUUCAUUGCACUUUAG